AGUGUGACGGAGCAGCAACCAGGCACGUGAGAGGGAGAGGGUAGAGCUUAUUUUGCCCUACAGCCCAAUGUAUGGCUAGAUCCCACACUACGUUCCAGUCGAGCAAAGCCUCCAGUGAUAUUUCUCCAGGACUGCUUCUACCAAGGGCUCAACCCUGAGAGCCUCAUCUGCGGUAACCACAUAGCAAGAACAUGACGUACGAUCUACACAACUCGUCGUACGACUUCUACAACGGCACGCCGUGGUUUGUCUACGACUGCACCAUCCACCUAGAUCCGGAUGGCCGACGGAUCACUCUUUUCCUCCUUUACCUAGUGCUCUUCAUGGUAGGGUUGGCCGAAAACACCCUGGUGGUGUGGGUGAACUGGCGAAGGCGUCAUUCAGCGAACGGCGUGCUGUUCUGCAUCAUCAACGUGAGCUUGUCCGACUUGAUGGUGAUCUUCACCAUGCCCUUCUUCAUGCUGGAGGUGACCUUGGACAAGGUUUGGCUGUGGGGCCGCUUCCUUUGCAAGGUCACACACCUUGUAUAUGUCAUAAACUUCUACAGUAGCUCCUUCUUCCUGGCCUUCAUGACCUUGGAGCGAUACCUGUCCCUGACGCGGCCCAACAAGCCCGCCUGCUUUCCGACGCAGCACAAACGCCGCUGGUUUCUCUGCGCUGGGAUCUGGCUCCUGUCGAUGGUGCUGGCCUUGCUAGAAAACGUCCACGUCGACUUGUUGGAGUGGGACGAACCAGGCUGCUACUUGGUUCCUGAGCAGUACUACACGGAGUGGUUCGUGUCGGUUUCCUUCCUCUGCCUGAUAUUCCAGUUCCUGGGUCCGGCGUCUGUCAUCAUCACCUGCAACGUCCUGAUCGCCCGAGCCAUCCGCACAGUCCCGGAUAUCCAGAAUCGCCGGGACGUGUGGUUGGUGCACAUGUACUCACUGGUCUUUGUGGCCUGCUGGCUACCGUACCAUUUGGUGUUGUUCUUGUUGACAGUGGACGACCUGGACCCGCACCUGUUCUCCUGCAACAUGGUCGGGGUGCUGUACUUCUCUUUUAGCCUUGUGCAAUGCUUGUCGCUCUUUCACUGCAUUGCCAACCCAAUCCUCUACAACUUCCUCAGUAAGAGCUUCCGCAACAAUCUAAUAAAUGCAGUGAUCAGCCGCAUCUCUUUACCGCCGACCAGUGCGCCAACUAACGCUGUAGCCGACAACGCAGGGACAACGGCGGUAAAAGAGCGGAAGCUCAGUAACGCCAGCACGAGUCACUCCGACAUUGGCGCGUGAAGAGGGAAACUCCUAAAUGACGAUUUGGUGAAACACAGCACAUGAAUGUGCUACGAAAGAAAUGGCCUUGUUGAGGCCAUUGUUUUUGGUCAGUUGCCUGGUAACUAGCCAUAUUUUCUCCUGUUUUUCUCACCUCAGUAUUGCUAACAGUGCAAGGAAGGAAAUAUUGUCAACCUUUCGUAACCUUUAUUUCCACCGGUUCCUAUUGUUAUAUCUAGGAACUCCUUGACAAGUAAUAAAAGCUCUGUCCACAUGCCAGUAUUUGUACAAAGACUGUUUUGAUUGUUCUGCUCAACAAAAACUUUCACUUAGCUGCCCAUAUGCGCAAUCACAACACCUAGAGCUGUUUUAUUGGCCUUUGAGCUCAGCAACUUACGUGUACAUAUUGUGGAUGUGAUGUCAUGGGAAAAAAAUUUAAUACAAUUUUUUUUAAACAUGUUUGAGUGAAAGUGGCAAAUCGUGUAGGCUAAUACCAAUUAUUGUUGGCAUGUGCUGCUCCAAUGACAAAAAAAUAAAUAAAUCCACUGUAGAAAUGUAUGUUGGAUAUAAAUACACUGUAUUUAACAUUGAUAAGUAGUGGUGCUGUUAAAAUUAUGUGAAUAUGGCCAAAAUUUAACUGCUAAAAAGACAAGACUCUGGGAAGUUUCGUAAGUACUGAUUUUAUUCAGAACACAAGUACAGCUGUAGUAAAAGAGAAUUAAUUUCUGAUAGUGACACUGAACAUGAACAAAUCAUAAAUAACACUGAAGUAAUAUAAGGCAAUUGUUUCAUGUUGAAAAUAAAAUGUAGUAUCAAGUCAAGAUAUUUACAGUUUUAUGAUCACAACAUCAGCUGCAAACCGUGGCAAAGCACUGGUAAUGUGCAUUUUUUCCUAAAAAUAAAACUGAUUGACUGAUAAAAGUGUUAAAACCAGGCAUUUUAUAAGGUUCAGCCGGUAUUUUCUGUGCUACAUUACAAAUAAAGCUAUACCAAACACAAUGUCCCAGCAGUUUUGAAUACAUACGUUGUGGUUUGACCAAUGACAUCAAUUAUGAAUGCACCGGUGUGCUAAAUCCAUUUUGAAUUGAACAAGAAAUUAUUUAAAUGUACAAUGUAAAAUUGUCCAAUGUAAGAAAGAAAAAGCAUAUAACUGCUGCGAAAAUGGUACAGAAGAGCAUCACAGCUUUCUAAAGAGAAUUGUUAUUUAUUCAUGACACAAAACCAUUUGCACAAAACACUGAUAUGUCCCGAGUGAAGAAAGUGAACACUGCAAUAUGAACUGACUGAUGUAUUAGCACCUCAGUCUGAAUCGCUUCUCUUUUCCGAAUGAAAUUAAUUAUGUAAGAAGAGUUUUGCUUUAUGUAUAACAUCCAAACUAUAUGAUACUACAUCUCAUAAACGAGUAACUAUUUCUAAUUUAGUCUGUCAAUGAUAUACAACACUACUAUAAAAAUAACGGCUAUUCUAUAAAAGAAAAGUACCGUUAUAUAUUUAUUUAUUAAAAAAAAAAAAGGACCAUUUUAUUUAUAUCCUUGACCUAGACUAGAGCACUGCUUUAUUUAUCAGAAAACAUAGGAAAAAAGUCUUGGUUUAUUCUCAGCGUGCACUUGCAUUGGAAUAUCCAGAGACCUUUAGCUUAUUGUGAUAAGAGUUGCCAGAAGAGUAUACAGAGGUAAUCGCAGAUCAGCACUUGGAAAAGCAUCCCAUUAAAAAUGACUUAAUUAAAAGACUACAAAUCAAAAGUUUGGACACACUUGACUGAAUUUGUUUGCGGUGAUCUUUAAAAAUCCUCUGAUCUAACUGCUUAUACUUAAAUGGUUGACAUUGGCUUUGAAGACAAAAAUAACUUGUCUGUGCAAGAAUUUCUUUACAAAACUAAAUUUGUGUUUGGACCAGUGACUGAAAAGGAGCCAAAAAGUGCUCAGCACACAUGUAAACUUCUUUAAUAGUGUUCAAACACUGUCUCAUAAUGUUCUUGGCAAAGGUUUGAAAAAACUACAUUAUAAGAUGUUUAUUUUUUGUUAUUUCAUAGCUUUGAUUACUUUAUUAUUAUUCUAAAAUGUAAAAAAAGUAAUAGAAAUAAGUAGGUAUGGCCAAACAUUUGAUUGGCAAUGCAGCAUUGCUCAGUCUCUCUUGCCAUCAAGUGGUCAAGUAUCAGCACUACAUUUUUAAAAUAAAGUUUUACCUUUAAUUUAGUCUUU